AUGAGGCAAAAAGAGUUGAUCGCUGUCAAGUCAACUCUUCUGAAGGACGGAAGAUUAGUCAUUGGUGUCGAUUGGCAAACGAAUGAAGAACAACUUGUGGUACAUCACGAUCGACACUUGCUUUCACAUGCGGAAGGUAUGUCAAAAGAUCAGCAUCCCGAAUUUCGCAUUGUGAAAGCUGCAAGUGAUGAAAAUAUUCAGCUACCUAACCAAGUGCCACCGGCUGCAGCGACUCAUAAUUUUCACUUUACGCCAAAGACGAUGAAACGAAUCAAAGAAAUGGCAAAUCAUGGUGACUUUCAUGGCAAGGGAAGCUGUGAAGCUUCAUAUGUGAGUACUAUCGAUGCCAUCACGGCACUUUUUACAGUCUUGAUUUCCAGAGCCCGUGACGCGGAAGAUGACAGUGAUCAAGGCAACGGUUAUGAAGUCGAUGAGCCAGAAAGAUCAAGAUCGUCGGAUGUGCCACUCACUGACGAACAGCGUUCCGUGUAUCGGCAAGAAAAGCGUGAAGGCAUCAACAUUUAA